AUGCUGGACCUACUUGAAGCUUGCCUUAUACGUUCGCAUAUUCAGUACAGAAGGCUCGAUGGAACAAUGUCAGUUGCUGCUCGAGAUAAAGCAGUGCAGGGUUUCAACACUCUCCCCGAGGUUUCUGUAAUGAUAAUGUCUCUCAAGGCUGCUAGUGUCGGACUUAUACGAUGUAGGAAAGGAAGAGAAAGAUGGUAG